CAGUUGACAGUUGACAGCUGCUGCUGCUCUGAUUUUUGGGGACGUAUUUUCUCUUUAUUUCAAGAAUGUUAUCAAAAUAGAUAACCAUUAUGCUUCAUUACAAUAAUAUCGUAUCCGUACGGUAAAGACGUUACAGUCAGGAGCGCGCAAAACAAGUUUUUCAUAGAUAUGUCGUUGCCGUGAUCGGAACCGCGUUGUGACUAUUAUUUUGCUACUUUUUGGCUUUUAUAAUUUGGUUAUGUAAGGAAUAUCCUGUUGUGGAGAGUGUUACUGCACCGUGGGCAAAAUGAGGACCGUAGCGUUGAUCAGCGGCGGCAAAGACAGCUGCUACAACAUGAUGCAGUGCGUCGGGGCCGGGCACACGAUCGUGGCCCUGGCCAACCUCCAACCAAUACUGAAAGAUGAGCUGGACAGCUACAUGUACCAGACAGUGGGCCACCAGGGCAUCGAGCUGUACGCCGAGGCCAUGGGCCUGCCGCUGUACCGGGAGGUCAUCACUGGGGCUGCCGUGGACCAAGGGCGCAACUACGAGCCCACUGCCAAUGAUGAGGUUGAAGACUUGUACAGGCUUCUGUCCAGGGUCAAGGACGAUAUAGACAUAGAAGCGGUGGCUGUCGGCGCGAUAUUGUCAGAUUACCAAAGAAUUAGAGUGGAAAAUGUGUGUCGUAGAUUAGGUUUAGUGUCGUUGGCGUACUUGUGGCGAAGGAACCAAAAGGAAUUGCUGCAGGAGAUGAUAGCAAGUGGCGUGGAGGCUAUCAUUAUAAAGGUGGCGGCGCUAGGCCUGGACCCGCGGGUGCACCUGGGCAUGUCAAUCCGCGAGAUCCAGCCGCACCUUCUAGUCAUGCAGGAGAAGUACGGCCUUAACGUGUGCGGCGAGGGCGGCGAGUACGAGACCUUCACGCUGGACUGCCCGCUGUUUAGGAAGCGGUUAGUUAUUGAUGAUAAAGAAUUAGUGAUACACACGGACGACCCGGUCGCACCAGUCGGAUACCUAAACCUCAAGCUGCACUUAGAAGCUAAGCGAGGCGUCGAAGACGGCAUCAAACUGCCCCCUACCGUCAAAAGCGCACUAGACUUCGUAAGCGACCUAAGCGACACAGUCUUCAGCGACAUAAGCGACAUAGAACUGAGCGAGACAGAGAUAGAGUCCAUCGAGAAGCUAGAAAAGGAGGAGAAGAAAAAACAGACAGAACUGAACCCUUUGCUCACGUACAAUGAAAAGUCUGAGUUAGAUGGAGCGGACAGCCAAAACGAUAGCGCCGAUAGUAUAGAAGAUGGAUAUUGUUACGAGGAGUUCGACAGUCAGUUCGAGAAACAGCCGAUUGCGGACCAUAGAAGUAUAUACGGGAAUAGACACGGCUGGUAUUUUAUAGGCGGGAUAGUUGGCGAGGGAGUGGAUACGAGGCAGGCGACGGAGGAUGCCAUGAAGAAACUCAUUAGCCUGCUCGAGUCGGAAAGCAUGCAGCUGACGGACGUGACGUCAGUCAACAUCUACAUGCGCGACAUGGAAGAGUAUACGGAGCUGAAUGACGUGUACGCGAGCCAUUUUUGUUUCCCCAACCCUCCCACGAGGGUAUGUGUUCAGUGCCCUCUGAUGGACGACGUCGGACUUAUAUUGGAUGCUGUGGCGCACAAGCCGGUCCCGGCCAAGGACGAUAGUGAUAGCUCGAUCCCGAAGGAGCGCAUCACUAUGCACGUGCAGGGCAUCUCGCACUGGGCUCCGGCCAACAUCGGACCUUAUAGUCAAGCUAUUAAGUUAGGCGAGGUGAUCAGCACGUGCGGGCAGAUCGCGCUGGUACCAGGCACAAUGCAACUAGUCGAGGGCGGAGCACGGCGCCAGUGCGCGCUCGCGCUGCGGCACCUCACGCGCGUCAUCCGCGCCGUGCACCCGCGCGCGCACAUCCGCAGCGUCGUGCAGAGCGUGUGCUACGUGAGCGCGGGCUGGGCGCGCGCCGUGGGCGAGGCGCGGCGGCAGCUGGAGCGGCGCACGGCCGGCGCCAUCGUGCAGUGCGCCGUGGUGGCAGCCCUGCCGCGCCGCGCCGCGCUCGAGUGGCACGCCUGGGCGCACACCGACAACAACCGCUUCGACUACGAAGAAACUGGUUGCAGCGUGGGUGAAUACAAGGUGGCCAUUACAAGAAGAUGGAAUUAUGAAAACACGGUCGCGGCGAUCGUCUGUUAUGUUGCGACGGGUUCAUCCCCAUCCACGUGUCAGCUAUCGUUCCCAAGCUCAGAGGCUUGUGCGUCGCACCGUGCGUUGGCGGCGGCAAUGCCAUUAGAAGAGCUUACGCGCGUACUUGAGUAUGCGCUGCGCAAGCUGCUCAGCGACUGCCGGGACGACGAGCCCGCGCCCGCUGUCAAGCUCAGGAUAUUCUACCAGGUGUGGAGCGCGCCGCCGCCCGAGCUGCUGGUGGCGGCGGCGCGUGCGGUGCGCGGCGUGCGCGCGGCCGUGACGUGCGUGCCGGUGCUGGCGCUGCACAACGCCUUCACCUUCCUGUCCGUGGCCGGCCUGCGCCUGCACGAGUGACGGUUCCGUGCGCGAGAAAUAAGAAUACAGAUGCUUUAUUGCCAGUUUAUAAAAUAUAUUUGCUGAAUAUUUUCAGUGUUUAUAUAAUUUUGUUAAUAAUAUGCUACCGAGUUUACCAUACUGUAAGUCAAAUUAUAUAAAUUAUUUUUUAUUGCA